GGAGGGCGGGCGGCGCGGCGGGACUGCGGCAGCGGGGCCGGGGCUGCCCCUGGAGCGCCUCCUGCCAGCGGCGGGGCUGCGGCACCGCGCUCAAGCCGGGUGCGCCGGGCUCGGCCUCUCAGCGGGGUCCGCACCGGGCUCCGGCCCCGGCGUUUCGCCCCCGGCGUUUCGCCCCCUUCGUCCCCCGGCGAGGCUGCGGAGCGCGGCCCCCCGCAGCUGCAUGCCCGCCGCCGUGUCGGCACGGCUGGAUGCGCUGGAGUCCUGGGCCUUCCAUGCGCUGCUGGCGCUGCCCUAUAUGUUCUACGUGGGCUUGUUCUUCGUCAACGUGCUGAUCCUGUACUAUGCCUUCCUGAUGGAGUACAUCGUCCUCAACGUGGGCAUCGUCUUCCUGCCCGAGGACGUGGACCAGGCUCUGCUGGACCUGGGAGUGCUCUCCGAGCCGGGCUCCGUGCUCUACGAGACGGACGGCGAGCUGGAUGUCUUUGACGGCUACCUGGAGUGACGCCCGGGGCGGCUGCGGAGCAGGCUUCCAGGGAUGCCCCCGCUCCACCCGAGCGGCCUCUGCCCUUCGGGACGCCGCCGGGGAGCCGGCAGCAAACGGAGGGCUCGCAGGGCAAAUUCAUUAAACACCUGAAAUGGAUUAUGACCAGGUUAAUGGAUCAAGUUAUGGAAAGAAACUAUACUCUGAAAUGUAGAGAUGAAAAGAAGGACAAGGGGGCAACAAGAAGAGUUGUUAUCAGACCUUGUCAGCCGUGACUUUUUCCCCAUGGUCAUUACCUCUUGAGUGUGCACUACCUGCAGUGAUUCACAUACAGUACUGGGCUUCCAUAGGUAAUUCUGGGAUGGACUGUGUGAACAAAUAGUAUAAGCUAUGUUCUCUUACAACAGAAAAUCAAGAUGUUACUCAGAUUUGAUAAACUUUUGAAUAAAUACCGCGUCAUCCAAAUGGACACACUCUACAUACUGCUUAAGCAAGUUUUGCAAUUGCACAUUGAAAACUAGACCAGCCAGUAGUUCCAUAUCAGUGCUCUCUCAGGGGAAUAUAUCCAGGCGUGCUUCAAGGAGGUUCUGUUCAGGGUAGUAUUAUGGCAAAAACUGUGCUAGCAAGAUAUUUUAUUUUAAUCAUGAGCUUUGAAAUAGAUCAGAGACUGAAUUUUAUAUGUCAGAUUGUCUAACCAGAUACUUUGCAGAUUGUUUAAGCUCAUGUUCCUAUGUACAGAUGUGAAAGCAAUACAAUAAAGACUGACCUUUUCCAUGAAAAAGAAA